CUGCGCGUGCUCGCUCGUCAGCUGGCUGCAGGCUAGCUAGAGAGCAGCAGCGCGGCGCGGUGCGUCUGUGGUAGCCCUCUCCUCGUCUCCGUGUGACACGACACGACCGUGGGGGUCGCGCGCGCUGCUGUCAACUAACAGCGGCUUCUUUCGCUAGCCACCACCAGCGCCCCUCCUGGCUGCCUCCCCUGGCAGGCGCCUCUCUACAAAAGGACCCGGCCGGAGACCCAGCUAACACGCCCAAGACAUCAUCGAUCAGAGUAGGUCUUGCCUCGGUUUCGUGUCACCCCAUCUCCUGUAGCUCAAAAGCAUACCAGCAGGUUGCAAGAAAUUAAAAUAGUUGAUCGAGUCUCUUCUGCUUGUCCGGCCAUCUAGUGUGUGUGCUUCAGUAGUUCAGAUAUAGCUACAUAGUACAGUGCUAGCCUAGGUAUAUAAUCAUCGACCGGCUGACCGGCAGGAUCGAGCUAGGGGAUGGGGCUGAGGGAGAUCGAGUCCACAUUGCCGCCGGGGUUCAGGUUCUACCCCAGCGACGAGGAGCUGGUCUGCCACUACCUCUACAAGAAGGUGACCAACGAGCGCGCCGCGCAGGGGACGCUGGUCGAGGUCGACCUGCACGCGCGCGAGCCAUGGGAGCUUCCAGACGCGGCCAAGCUGACGGCGAGCGAGUGGUACUUCUUCAGCUUCCGGGACCGCAAGUACGCGACGGGGUCGCGCACGAACCGCGCCACCAAGACGGGCUACUGGAAGGCCACGGGCAAGGACCGCGAGGUGCGCAGCCCGGCGGCGCCGCGCGCCGUCGUCGGCAUGAGGAAGACGCUCGUCUUCUACCGGGGCCGCGCCCCCAACGGCGUCAAGUCCUGCUGGGUCAUGCACGAGUUCCGCCUCGACUCGCCGCAGACGCCACCCAAGGAGGACUGGGUGCUCUGCAGGGUGUUCCAGAAACGAAAGGACGGCGAGCAGGACAACGCUGCCGGCUCGUCCUCGCCGACCUUCGCCGGCUCAUCGUCGCAGGCGGCGGCGGCUAUGCCGGACGACCACCGGGCCGUGACGGACGCGUACUACGUUGACCACCAGGCGGCGGGCUCCUCCGCCGGCUUCGCGCCGCCGCCGCAGGAGGACGUCGUCGGUGGCUUCGACGACCCGCUGCUGAUGAACGCAGCGAUGUGGCAGCACGGCUCGGUCCUCGACCACUUCCCACCGCAGGAGGUGACAAGCUCGCCGAUGAUGGCCGGGCUAGGCUCCAGCGGAGUAGGGGACGGGUGCGGCGGCUUCUACUACGACACCGGUUUCGAGGACAUGGCGAACAUUGGGGGCAUGGGGUUCACGCAGGGGUGGAUGGGCUAGCUAGCUACCUGAUGCGUGGAGAACGAACAGCUGCUAGCGCAUCAGUCAUGGAUCGAUUGUGCAUACAUUGAAUUAAUUCCAUUGGUACCCUAAGUAUUCUGUAGUGUGAGGUUAGAUUGGAAAUUCUUAGAGUAGUGCACCUCGCCCGAAAAAAAGGGAAACGAAAGGAAAGUACCGUGCAUGUCCAUUAAGAUAGAUGGUUUGAUUUACCUGCAUGACGCCAAUUGUAUAUAUCUCUUCAGUCUCAUGUUUGUAAAUAAAAUAAUAAAGUCAGUUUAUGUAUACCAGUC